AUGUACUCCGUCCCCAGACGUACGAGGACCGCGGAGUCAGGAGCCUGUUCGAACUGUGUCAAGUCGCGCCAGCGGUGCUACAUUGGGGUCAGCGGGGGCCCGUGUUCGUCCUGUCGGCGCGCAAAACUCGACUGCGACGCGCAUGGAAGCAAACCUCCGCGUGCUCGUAGUGUGAAUGCUGGCCGACCCUCCGCCCUUACAUAUUGCCCUGGUACGGGUACGCCAGAGGAGAUAUUCGCCUCGCAGCUCCGAGAGUCUGAGCGAGAAUACUGUCUGAAGAAUGGCAUGGCCGGCAACCCGGCCGUUUUAUCCACCAUCCCUCUUGACUACCACAUCUCCAUUAUCAACCAGCUGCUCGGCAUCGGCGCUCCGCCGGCUGUCCACUUGCCCAACUAUCUGGCCAGCCUUCCGGACCGACUGCAUCGAGAUGAUAUCGAGUAUCUGCGACGCGGUGGGGCGUUCGAUCUACCCAGCGACAGACUCCGCAAUGAACUACUAACAAGCUAUCUGCUCUGGGUACAUCCCCACAUGCCUAUCGUGGCGCUGCACGGGGUUCUAUCAGCUAUCGCGGACGCCAACAGCUCCUACCAGAUUAGUCUGCUCUUAUUCCACGCAGUGAUGUUUGCCGCAUCGGCCUUCGUUGACGUAUCCCAUAUCCGUGCGGAGGGAUUCCCAUCCCGCAGUGCGCUUCGGGAGAGCCUCUUUCGCAAAGUCAAGGUGCUCCUGGAUCUUGAGUGCGAAGAUGACCGGCUCGCCGUCGCUCGAUCGCUCCUGUUGAUCGUAUCCUGGCCGGAGCCGCACCGCGACCAGAAAGAGCUUACCCACUGGCUGGGCAUGUGUAUCUCCCUGGUCAAAUCCGCCGGCCUACAUCAGAUGUCCACCGCAUCGAAACAUAAUUCGCGCCAGCAGCGACUGUGGAAACGGGCGUGGUGGUCGAUCCACAACCACGUACGGCUGUCAUCGAGCAGUCUGCUGCCAUUAUUAACGACUCAGAAUGCUUCGGCCAAUUUCAGUAUACCCCAACCCUGCAUGGAGGACUUCGAGUUCGGCGCCAUAUCGCCCAGCGUGCAGGCCUUGGUCGGCCACUACGACUUCCUCCGCGAUAUCCAGUACCAGCAGUUCCACGCGAGGGCGUUCAUCGAGAGGACAGCACUUUGCCAGCUAGAGCAGGUCUCCGGGCUGCUAGAGGGUACCUCCGCCCCACCACGCCGAGCAGACGUAUCCGACGACGCAGCGGCCUCCCAAGCAUCUUUCCUCGCAGACGGGGAGUUUGCCUGCAAACUACGCAGUUGGCACACGCAGCUACCCCCCGCCCUUCAUUACCGAUCCCCCUCAUCAUCGAGUCCCACGGACCUGGAGAGAUUCAUCCUCGUCCAUCGCGCAUGGCUUCUCUUGCUGUAUCUAGCCUCUGCGUAUGUGGUGUGCAGUCGCAAGAAAAGAGCCAGCAGUAGCCCAGGAAACGAGCACAUCCUCGACAGAAUCGGUUUGGUUUUUGAGGAUCUGGAUAAGUUCAACCUUACCGGUCUCCUUCCUGCGGCCAGUAUCGCCAUUCUCCUUCCCGUGCUGGAGUUCCAUCUCCACGCUGUCCGGUCAGCGCCCCAUCAAUCGAAUCCAUCCAGCCAACAAAAGCUCCAUCGAUAUUUGACCAUGCUACACCAAUUUAGAGAAAACUCGGCCCUUGCUGAGCAGAUGAUAGGAAAGAUAAGCGAAGCUACGUCCAGUAGGUCGGCUCCGGACGCUGUCGGGACGGAAAGUAUGGAGAGAAACGCGGUCUCAGGGUCGCAGUGCGAUAUCGCGCCAUCGGGCUUUGGUUUCGGCGAGAACGAUGAUUUCUACACUUUCCUGGAAGCGGGCUUGUCCUUUGCGAGGGUGUUUCCAUCUGUGGAUGGGCUUGAUCCCGAGCUUAAUAGCGAUCUGUAUGUGAGGCAGUGA